UUUGUUAUUUAUCAGUACGGUAGUAAAACACGUGGUUUGUUAUUAACUGUAAUAAAAUUUAAUUGUUUAUUGAGUAUUUAAAUAUUUAAAAUAAUGGGGGACAUGAUAGGAGACGUCGUGAUGCCUGGGGAUGUUAUUAAAAUAACGUCAACUAAUCCGAAAGAAAAAGUUAUUCUUGGUCCAGGACUUCGACGUGAUGGUGACAUUAUUUACUCAUGUAAAGCUGGUGUUUUAAAAAAACGCACGACUAUUUAUUAUGUUGACAGUUAUCAGCGAAGAUAUGUUCCAGUUCGUGGUGAAAAUGUCGUAGGAAUAGUAACACAAAAAGCUGGUGAUAUAUUCAAAGUAGAUAUUGGAGCAAGUGAUCAAGCUGCAUUACCAUACCUGGCAUUUGAGGGUGCGAGUAAAAGAAAUCGUCCUGAUGUACAGAUCGGAGACAUCGUCUUCGCUAAAUUACUGAUUGCCAGCAAGGACAUGGAACCGGAGUUGGUGUGCGUUGAUUCACUGGGUAAAAAAGGUAAACUAGGAGUCUUGGGACCUGAUGGAAUGCUUUUUACUUGUUCACUGAGUCUCGUACGCAAGAUAUUGAGUCCUACUAAUCCCUUCUUCGAAGCGUUUGCUAAAGAACAGCCGUAUGAAUUAGCUGUGGGUAUGAAUGGAAGAAUUUGGAUCAAAGCUAGAUCUGUUAAAGAAACUAUUGCGCUAGCCAAUGCUAUUCUCGCUGCCGAGUACACGAGUAAUGACCAGAUUAAAAAAUUAUGCGACAGUAUCGCGCAGACUGUAUUUAUUAAUUAUUAAAUAUUUAAUUUUUUUAUAUUAUUUGUAAUUAUUAAAAUGUAAUUUUAUAUUUUUAAGAUAAAUUUUAUGAUAAACUCAA